CAAUUUUUUAUUGAUGUGAAAUUGCUUGUUUAAGGUUAUUUUCAACCUCCAAAAUCUGCUAAAAUUCAAAAGGAUAUGAUUCGAGAAGGCGUUAGGUUAUGGCCAAUUCGAGCUGAUGUUGAACCGGUUUAUCCGGCUUUCUUUAGAGAAUCAACCGGCGGCGAGGAGUUUGAUGACGAUAAAGUCUCAUCUUGUGGUGAUUUUCAAUCCGGUUUUUACGAUUUGGAUUAUUUGACGGUGUCUCAGUUGAUAGGAAAAGAUCUUCUUGCUGAACUCAUUAUACAUGGAUUUCUUGGUCUAGGCUCACUGCAAUUUAUAAUGCCCCAGUCUUCGGAAGAAACGAAUGAACGAGAUAGCUCACUAGCUGAUAAAGUGACUUCAUUUGUCGAUUCUUCAUCAUCCAAAACAAGUAAAAUAAAGUUUGAUUAUGGGCAUCAAUCUGAAGCUUCAUAUUCCGACUCCGAUUUCGAUACAGACUACCAGAGCAAUUCGGAAAAUGUCGAAGUUGAUGAGGACGAGUGGCUGAAAUUGGAUGAAGAUUUUAACGAUGAAGAUUGGGAAAUUAUAUAAGACAAACAUGCAUGAA